CGUUUUUGACAAUUAACCCCCAAGUGAGGCUUGUGGCGGUAUCCCUUUCUUGAAAUGAAUGCAUUCUCCAACUGUUAGGCAUGCGUAACAAUACUCGUUACACAUACACAUGCACACACAACCGUGACGUUGUGAAUACUAUCAUUCACGGCACAUUAUGAUGAGGAGCAUUACAAGCAUGGAACGCCACUAAAUUUACGGCUGUAAUGCAUCUACAUUUGAUAAUGUUGGGGAUGCUUUCCCUCCAGUGCAGCCGUCGUACGACGAUCGUUCGCGGGGACCCAUGGAUACAUUCUGGUCACGAGGUUAUAAAGGAAAUAAUCAAGCUGAAAGAAGGUACAUAUUAUUAUUAUCCACCCCUAAACUGUUCUACGACCUUGAAUGGUUCUAAAGUCAAUGUCUUCUGGAAAAAAGACGGUGAAUUAGCACCUUUUGGAUCCCGGGAUUACUUUCCAAUAUACUACGUUCGUUGUGAUCAUAAUGGCAAUUACACAUGUUUUGCAAAUAUCUCCAGCACAAUUGUGAUUUUAAAAGAAUACGUCGUUGAAGUUUCAGCUGAAAGUACUCAUGACGUAUGUGGACAUCCUGGACAAAGUUUGUGGCAAGGAAGUUUAUGCUUUGUCCCUACGAUAAACGACUAUCCGUGUUGCAAGUUUCCUAUCCCUCCUCCAACAAUGUUGCGUUUAAGUCAUAAAAUUUCCAAGGAAUUCCGAGGCAAAUGCGACUUGAAUAAAAUGCAAAAUCCCACACCGUGGAAGAUUGAUGUCGGAUGGGAUUUCAAACAUAAUGCUACGGGGUUGUGGGGUUGGCAAGUCAGCCUUACUGGACUCGACCAGCACCUUAACGUUCAACGCUGUGUACAAAUUAACAAUAAGCAUUGGCUGAACUGGACGUUUCAUGAUCUGCCGUUUGGUGGUAAAUACGAGAUCAAAGUGCAAUCACUGCUUUCAAAUUUAAAAAAUUACGUAGUUCAAAGUAUUGUUCUUCCGAAGUUGAUAGAUAUUUGCAACGAGAUUGGUAGAAAAUGUCAUUGGGAACAAUGUUUUCCUGUGAAUGAUUUCCAUCAGGAAAAGGCAAAUGCAGUCCUGGCAUGGCGUCUAUCAAAGUAUCAUAAAGCACCCAGCGGUUUUGAAAUAUAUUAUAAAAGUAGUGAAAUAAAUUGCAACGAUAUUGGGCGCAGAAAGCUUAAGAAUGCAACUCGCGUUGUUCUGGAAUUACAUAAAUGCUCGCGAUAUCACGUAAAGGUGCGACCAAUCUUUUCUGAUGGCGAGAAAGGAACAUUCAGUAAAGAAAUUGUGUUCUUCCCUCCUCAAAAGCCAACAGGUCGACCGAGGACAGAAAGCUAUACAAACGUGGAAGUCGUAGAUGUAAUCGUAUCGUGUAGUGUUACUUUUGUGUUACUCGUCGUGGCUAUAAUCGCUGCUAUUAUUAUCAAAAGAAAACGAAAACAUCAAUCAAGUUCUUUGUUGACUGGUUUAGAAGUCAUUCCAAAUCCAAGUCAUCAUAUGUUAUUAGGAGAUCGAAGCGGGAUUUCGUUAAAGAAAACCAAAAUAUUCAUCGUUCAUGACAACCACUGCCGGACGUGCAAUAAUGUUACACAUUCUCUCGCGAAUCUACUGAAUGAAACUAGUUACGUUGAAUGCAUUUUGGAUAUCUGUUGUACGAACGAGAUCACAGACAGAGGAAUGAUUUGGUAUGAAGAUAAAAUUAAGCUUUGUGAUAAAGUUAUUGUUGUUUGCACCAGGGAUGGAAAAACAAUGUACGAGGAAAACGAUCACACAAACGAUGGUCCAUAUGUUUUUAUUCUGAAAAUGUUGUUGGGACAAAUGAUACAUCAUCAGAACAGAAAACUGCACAUUAUUCCACUCUGUUUCGACAUCUCCUCUCAUGAGGAUAUUCCAUUGUUUCUCAGUGAGCAUGCGUGUUAUUCAAUACCUUCACAAAUACAAAAAUUGUUGUCAGCGGUACUCCCCGAGAACCUUUCCAGCAGUUCUGGUGAACCUAGCAUUUACGAUUCAUCCAGUGAAGCAGCGCUGCUGCCUAGUAUCAAAAGAUUGAAAGAAACAAUCGAGAUGGUGAGGCGGGAUCAUAAAGGAUAUUAUUAAAAAAAACAGAAACUUGCAUGCAGAAACAACGUCAGCAUGUUUAAAUACAUGCAGUCAGCGACCUAUUUGUGAUGUGCUGAAAUCAUGACUGGUCUAACUGGCUCAAAGACUGAAAUUAUAAUAAUCUAAUAAUCUAAAUAGUGUUAUUUGUUUUAAUUUUAUGCAAGCACGAAACUACGAAACAUACAUAUUUUAUUUCAAUAAGACACAAAAGAAUGAAUAACUCUCGUCUAUAUAAGCCGGCCUCCACUUGCACGUACUGUCAGUGCGCCCGAUUUGGCGCUGCUCGAUGACUCGAAAGUGGUCGCUAAGCCGGCCGUCGCGGAUAAUUUUUUGUACGUAUGACAGUUGAACUGUAGUCGCUAGAACAGUAGAUAGGUCCGUUAACGCGCAAGCCGUACGUGCGAUUUCAGCGUGUAGCUACAUACGUGCAAGUGGAGGCCGGCCAUCUCCCAUGUCGAAUAAUUUACAAACAUUUACCACAAAAACGAUCGGUGCAUGUCAUGCAUAGAAAAGAAAGUGCUGAGACAAAAAGAUGGACCCAUAUCGACAAGUUUGAUGUUAAUGGUGUGUACAAGGUCGUACGGAUUAAUUUCAUAUAUAGGGAAUCUAUGAUUGUAAAAGUAUAGUCUAUUCUAGUCUAUAGUUCAUACCUGAUUCAAUAAUGAACAUGUAUGGAAAUGUAUGAAGUGUAAGAAAUCUAUGAAAUUAAAAUUCUUGCCGAU